UCGACAAAUAAAUAGUAAUUGUUAUUUUUCGUUUAGAUUUAAAAUAAAAUGUGUUGUUAAUUCCAUCAAACUGUGAUAAAUAGAUAGCAGUGGAGUGGACGAGGUGCAUAUUUUAAAAACCAACAAAGAAAUAUAGACCGACUCAAAAACAAUGGCAAUGCUUACCCGUUUAACAAGUAGUGGAGCAACCACUGCUGCUGUGGCAGCUCCAGGUUCCCCAAAAGCAUUGCAACGUUUUCAAAACUGUGUAGCUUUUCUAUGGCCAGCUUUGCACUCCGGUGGUAGAGGAGGUACUAAUAAUGUUCAACGAAAGUCUACACAAGUCGAUGCCAUCGAAUGUUUCACCAAUGAGCUAGUUCAGCGCAAGAGCAAAAAGUGGGAAGAGAUGAGAGAAACUCUAUUGAAAAAUAAAGAAGCUGGAGGAGGAGUCCCAACUUUAGCCGCUAGUCAGCAAUCAUCCCAAACAAAAGCAAAAGGUAGUAGUGUAGCAUCCACCACCACCGGCAGCUUCACACAGAGUUUAGGUCUAAUGUCCAAGGCAGUUAUAAAUGAUCUGCAUGCGUUACGUUCGCCCGAGUUGGGUCUCGAUAUACGUUCUUUAUCACAAGCUCAACUAGACAAUUUGCUCAUGUCCACAUUGGAAAUUAAAAAUAAAAUAGACUUUUUAUAUUUGGUACGCCAAUGUAUACGUUGGCAGCAAUUGCCCUCCCAUGAAGUGUUGAUAUCGUGUCUCAAGUAUCUUUCGAGCUUGUCUCGUAUACAACAAAUCGAAUCGUUUGCAGAGAUUUGUAAGAAACAGAGCAAUCCCUUAUCGAAAAUAUAUGCGGAUUUGGCACCUUUUAAAGCAAUGGCUUUGUGGCGCAGUGGUGGCGCCGAUAUUGCUUUAGUGACUCUACAUCGUGGCUACGAGUCUGGUGCAGCCACCGAAGAUGGUAAGCGUAUGAUGAGAGCAGCUUUUCGCACGAUAGCCGAGGAAACUUUGGCUCAGAAAAGUGAGGCUGUUUUAGUGUCGCUAAUGGAGGUGGCUAGAUCUAUAUACAACACUCACAAAGAUAUUUUCGUUGUGGCCUGUGUGUGGAAGCAAUGUUUUGUAAGUGAUUGGUUUUGUGACCAGAAAACGGCCACUGAUUUGUUCGAGCAUUAUGAGGAAUUGCAGCAAUUGGUGGUGAAAAGAUCCAGUUCUUUGUGCGCCUCGUUUUUAAGUCGCAAUAAUGUGGAUGCGGUUCAUCGUCUUAUCGAAGUAUUUUUGCAAUAUAAACAACGUGAAGCAUGCUCCAACUGUCUCAGUUUAUUAUUCAACUAUCAAUAUAAUCGUAAAGAUUUGCGAGCCUGUGCAGAAAUUAUCAAGUCAUGCAGUGAGCUGGAAAUGCCAUUAAAUGAAGUACAAAAUGAACAGUUCCUCAGUUUGUUUCUCAAUGAAAACGACAACAAAGACAGUGGCCCAGUUGUGCGCAGCAAACCUGCUCAAAAAUCGCAAAAAGAAUUUCAAUACAAAUUUUAAGGAUGGAUUUAUUAUUAUAUAUGGUCGUGUGAAUUAUUUUAUCAUCUCUCUAUGGCACCACUUUUGUUUGAAAUGAGAUUGAUUUUAAAGUGAAAUACAAAUAUGUAUGUUAAAUAAUAUCAUUACUUUCGUGAUCCGAAAAAGUUUACUUAAGCGAAAUGAUUUUUACAAGAAGCUCCUUUUAAAAUCUAUCUAGUCCUCUCUAACUUGUAAAACAUUUCGGCUUAAUGGUAAAUUUGAACACUUAAAACAAUCAUUUAUUUAUUGCAUGUAAGCACAAAUUUGUUGUAAACUGUUACGUUGUCUUUUAGUAGAUGGAAUUAUACAGACGUUAUCCCAUCAAAAUAUUAAAUAAAAAAUGGCAUCAUAUUAUUUAAA